CUAUGCUGCCCCGGAAUGGCGGCCAAAGCGGAUGCGGCUUUCGCUCCGGUUCCGGCGUCGCCGGAGAACUCGGCAUUGGUUGGACCGACCCCGGGCGUUUCUGAGGGUCUCCAUCUGGCCCCCGCCGCUCGAAAGGCGCAGCCGUCAGAUCUGGUGGCUUUGGCCGAACAAGUGGAGAAGGCGGAUGAGUUUGUCCGGGCGAAUGCCUGCAACAGGUUAACCGUCAUUGCGGAACAAAUCCAGUAUUUGCAAGAACAAGCCAGAAAGGUGCUGGAAGAUGCUAGGAGAGACGCUGAUCUCCACCAUGUUGCCUGCAACUUUGUGAAAAAGCCCGGGAAUGUCUACUAUCUGUACAGGAGAGAAACCGGCCAACGCUAUUUCUCGAUGCUUUCCCCAAAGGUAAUUGUAAGCUGAAGAAAUUUGGCAAG